CAAGAUGGCAGCCUCCUUGCACCACAUUUGAUCAUACAAUUUGUGAUUAGUUGAUGUCCCACGUAUGCGGUUGUAGAAUUGUGUCACUGUACAUAAUACAGGCCAUAUGCAGGCGAUGCGAUUGUCGAUAUCCAUUCGUUAUUUAUUUUUAUGCUUGAUUCUUGAUGCUUGAUGCUUGGCGUGUGCACCAGAACACAACCGGAGACCCUCGCCUGAUACAUUGAUCAGCUGUUGACUGUUGGAUGAACUUUGUCAAGCUUACCCUCAAACCAUUCCACAGUACUUUUGUAUUGUUUGGUUGAGUUACUAGUAUUGAGAUUUUACCAUGGCCAAGUUCGUUCCUCCUCGACGGAAGAAGAGAGUAUUCUGCAGUAAGGAAUCCCCAUUUCCUGUCCCUAUUGAAAGCAUUACCCAUGAAUCUGUUGGCCCUGAGCAGUGGUUCUACUACACUGCAUACCUCUCGGGCAACACUGUGACAGUCAGGCAUUCAGGAGAUAUCAACUUCUUGUUUAAAAUGGGUUUCUUUGGAAAGGGUAACCUGUCUCGAUCACAGCCUGAAUUUAAUCACAGAUACCGUACGGCACGUGUGCCGCACCCGGCUGAUGUAGACAGCAUCAUCCAGCCCCGGGUCCUCAGUCACAGAGUGUUCAAACAGCGCAUAAAGUGGGCUGGGACAAAUGUAGCUGAUGAACCAUCGGACUCUUCAUCAGAGGAGGAGAUAAGCAUGAUGGAAGGUCUGGAUGAUCAGGCCACAGCUGACACCAAGCCAGCCCAAGGAGAAGAGGUUAUACACUUAAGUUCAGAGUCAUUCACAAAAGGCACUGAAUUCAAAGAUUUAGAGGAGGAGGAGGAGGAGCAAGCAGAUGUCUGGACUGACAAAAAAGCAGAUAAGACUGAAGCAUCAUGGGACACAACAGAAGAUGCCGAGUUCUGGGGGAUGGGCGAGAGUGGGGGUGUAAAGCAGGAGAAGGUGGGGAUGCUUGGACUACAGAAGGGGCAGUGCAGAGUUCUGGGGGAGGGUGGGAGUGGGGAUGUGAAGCAGGAGAGGGAUGCUUGGGGUGCAGAAGGGGCAGAAGCAGAGUUCUGGGGUGUUGACAAAACUGAGAGUGUGAAGCAGAAGGUAGGAAACUGUGAGGAAGAACAACCUGAUAAGAUGGAAGUGAGGGAGAAUCCAGAUGAAGACAGGCUGAAAACUGGAGGACCACCAAACUCAGAAUCUGGACUUACUAAAACAACUAUGAUAAAUGCCCAACUUGAUGCCAGCCAUAACUGUCAUAAUAAAACCUGUGAUAUGAAUUCUGUGGCAGACAAUGGGUCAUCAGAUAGUGCAAAUGUAAUUGACGUGCAAAUUUCAAAUGCAGAAACAGUCCAGACAGAGGCAAAUAUUCCUGAAGGCAAUACAUUACCUCCAGAGGUAACUAGCCAUAUGGACUGUAUUCAGGAAGAUGGUAUGCAGCAGGGAGCUGCUGAAAAUGGUCAGUGCAAUGACCUUGACCCUGUAGAAUAUGACCCGUUUUGUGACAGUGAUGACUGUGAUGGGGAUGUGUUUGUGAUGGCAGAUAGUGAUGACGGUAGUCAGACGAGACAAAGAAAGUCCAGAAAGAAGAGAUGGCGUCCUGUAUUGAAGAAAGACCCAUACCCAAUUGUGGAGCAUCUCCUGCUCAGCUUUGAGGAAACAUUUUUUCUGUCCUAUGGCCUGGGGUGUUUGGUAGUGACCGAUGAAAAACAGAAGAACCUCAAUCUGUCAUCUCUAUGGCAACGGUUCUGUUCGUCUCGAGAUGACUUCUGUGCCAACUAUAUUGCCUACCACUAUUACCGCAGCAAGGGAUGGGUGCCGAAAACAGGACUGAAGUUCGGAUGUGACUUCAUAGUGUACAAAGAGGGACCCCCCUUCUACCAUGGUAGCUACUCAGUGCUGGUCCGACUCGUGGAUGAGGAGACGCUCAUUGAACAUCCUGAAUACACCCACAGACCUCUGUCAUGGAUUUCCCUUGCUGGACUCAAUCGCAUCACUGAACAUGUGGCCAAGGAGCUGCUGAUGUGUUAUGUUAUAAAACCAAGGGGAGUAAGUGAGGAAAGUCUCAUGUCUCCGGCCUGCAUACCACAGUUUAAAGUUCAGGAAAUCCUGGUGACAAGAUGGGUGUCAUCACAAGAGAGGCAGGAGAAGGAAGUUGAAGAGUUCCCUUGACCUUGAUGACUGUCAUCACAUCCAUGACUUUGAGAAAUGCCAACGCUAAUGCAGCCAUUGGCAGCGUGAAUGCUGGUUGCUGCCACAGCAGGAUUCAGACGUUAAUAAUGGAGACACUGAGUUGUUGAGAGGAGAGGGUCCAGUUCAUCCCCAUCAUGACAGCAGAGAAUCAGCCAGAACACAGUGUACCCACACACUCCUCAUCGGGCUCUGAUGACAGUGCUGACAGAGAUACAAGCAUGGAGUACUGGGGAUUUGUUUGGCCCAAAAUGCUCUCAGAGAGGAAGCAGUGUGCACUGGAGACUUAUUUGCCCAAGUAUUUCCUUGGAGAGAUAAGCAUCAUGUACUGGGGAAGUUUUUGCCCCGAACCAAAACAGAGAUACCAGCAAGGACAGUCUUGACAUCUGAACUAAUGAACUAGCAGGAGACAACUAAAUUGUGCUAACAACAAGUAAAGAUCCUCUGAUGGUAGUCCACAAUUUGCUACCAGAUGAAUCUGAAUAAAACUGAUUGAAAAUUGUAAA